ACGAGCUAAACAAAACUGUAUUAAAGAACUUGAAUGAAAUUGUGUUUAUGAAAGAAAAGAAAACAAAAAAAAAAAAAAAAAAAAAAAAAAAAGAAAGAACCUACGCGUUCUCGUUUUUUACAUCGCCUAAAGAACAAUCUAUUAUAUAAUUCAAUUAAUCGUAUAAUCUUUUAAUGAUUAUUUAGAAAGAAAGAAAAAAAAAAGCAAACAAACAAAAACAAAAAGUUCGUGCUAUUUCGUCGAUGUUUAUUUAACUUUGCGAUCUUUUUCUUUCCUUUUUUUUCCUUCUUUUUUUUUCUUUUCUUUUCUUUUUUUUUUUGUUUGUUUCUUUCUCUUUUCUUUUGAUCUAACAUUCUUCAAAUACCACAAUUAAAUCGUGUGUUCUUCAUUUUCCAAUGGAAUAAUCUACGUCCCUUGCCUACAAUGCAUUCAGAAAUCCAGUAUGUGAACAGAACUCAUAGAAAUAUACGAUAUAUUAUUGCGAAGAAUGUCGAGAGAAACGAAGAAUGGAAUGAAACAUCGAGGAAUCAUUGAACAGCGAUUUUAUUGAGAAAGAUCGUAAAAUCGGACGCUCUCUAAAAAUUCAAUUUCAUACUAUCUUAUGUGAAAGAAAAAAUAAACUUAUAUUUUAGACGAUAAAAAUCGAUCGUAUAAUCAAACAAAUAAGGCAUCCUUUUACAAUUGGCUAAACAAUUUAUCGCUUAAUCUUCGAUUAAGGUGCUACCUCGUCUAUGUCGAAAACUAUUCUGAACGCUCGUAUAUUUGUCUUCAAGUUUACGCGGUUAAAACUUGAUUAACUGGGACGAGAAAUUCAUUUGGAAUAAGAUGAAGUUAGGAUCACGCUAAUGAGUAUACUGAAAUUGACAAUCAACGUAUAAAACGAUUAUAUCCUAUUUGUAACAAAAACAAAAUUGAUCCUUCUCUUUUAUUUGGAAUCUGUAUUAGAAGUUUAUGAUAUUUGAACUCUCGAUUCUCGAGCCAUUUUAAUUGUUCACUUCGAAAUAUAAAAUAUCAUCGAGCAUGCAUACCUUUGAAAAUUACAUCGAAAUCUUUCUUAAAUUAAAUAUUACGUUAGAAGAUCUCAAGAUCCUAGAAAAUUAUACUGGACCCUGGUCCGAAAUAUGGAACACGGAUUGUUAUUGCAAUGGUUCCAUAAGAGAUUGGGCUUUGACGUAUAGAAAAUAUCAUGGUUACGUCGCAAUAAUGGUCUGCAUUUUUGGUACCUUCGCCAAUAUGCUCAAUAUCGUCGUAUUGACGCAUAAAGAAAUGAUGGUAACGCCGAUAAACAAAAUUUUAACCGGAUUAGCGCUGGCUGAUAUGUUAGUGAUGCUGGAAUAUAUACCGUUUGCCAUUUAUAUUUAUUUGAUUCUACCAAGACAUCGGAAUUUCUCUUAUGGAUGGGCUGUCUUCGUUUUAUUUCACAUGCACUUCGCUCAGAUCUUUCAUACCAUCAGUAUCGCGCUAACCCUUACCUUAGCCGUUUGGAGAUACAUCGCUUUAAGGUUUCUGCAAUACAACCAUGCAUGGUGCACACCUACCCGUUGCAAAAUAGCUCUAUGGUGUUGCGUUUUGGCGCCAUUGAUCGCCUGUGCGCCAAGCUAUUUCGUCUUUGGCAUAAAGGAUAAACAUUUCAUGGAGAAUGGAACUUUAGAGAUUUGGUAUUAUGUCGAUACCGAUUAUUCAACAGACAAAGGAUUUAUUUAUCAACUUAACUUUUGGAUACUCGGAGUUGUCGUCAAACUUAUGCCCUGCGUUAUAUUAACCAUAAUUAGUUGUUGGUUAAUAAAAACACUAUGCAGAACGAAAGAUCGGAAACAAGCUUUAAAGAAUUACAAUCAGCCUUUAGUGAAGAAUCUACCAAUAAAUAAUAGCCCUAUUAUACCACGAAGGCCAAGCAAGAAUGAAAAACAUGCCGAUAGGACAACAAGAAUGCUCGUUGCUGUUCUACUUCUUUUUUUAAUUACAGAAAUACCACAGGGCAUUUUAGGCCUUCUUUCUGGUAUCCUUGGCGAUUGCUUCUUUCAUAGUUGUUAUCAUACUUUUGGCGAGGUAAUGGACAUUUUAGCUUUAUUAAAUGGUGCUAUUAAUUUUAUCCUUUAUUGUUUGAUGUCACGACAAUUCCGUAUAUCUUUCGAACGACUUUUUAAACCCAAAAUCAUGAAGAAAUGCCAACCGACCACUCAACAAACCGACGUACAAACUACUUACGUAUGAUAUAUACCAUCUACUUUGAAAGAUACUUAUUUUUAAAAUUAUUUUAAGCCAAUUUGAAAUCUAUGAUGAUUCAAUAAAUUCAUCUCGAUUAUCUAAUAGAUAUAUUUGAAAACAAAAAAAAAAAAAAAGGAAAAAGAAGAAAAAGAAGAUACUUUAUAUUAUUCAAUUAAUGCCAAGUAAAAUAAUUGAACAAAUAAAUGUGACAAUUGCUUUUUCGAAGUAAUUAUUUUUUUGAUAACAAAUAUAUAACCAUGUGUAUAUCUACUUAUAUAUAUAAAGUUAUAUUAUAAAGCUAUAAGUAUCAUCCUUCUAAUGACGAAUUUUAUCAAAUGUUAACGUUAGAAUUUUCUUCUUUUUUUAUUUUUUUAUUUAUUUAUUUUUUAUCUCGUUUUUUUCUUUUUUCUUUUUUUUUUACAUAUACACGCUCACUUAAUUCCUAUAUCUUUAUUGGACUUCGGCUCUGAUCUAAGAAAAUUCCGCGAAAUUUAAUAAAAUAGUUUGAAUGUUUUAUUAAAAGGACGAAGAAAACAAAAAAAAAAGAAAAAAAAAAGAAAAAAACGUGGAAAACUAGUAUACCAAUGCAAAUUUGUAAAGUGAGAUGUAAAGUCAAUUUAACAUCUAUUAAGCUUUCCUGGAUCGUCAGUUUACAAUGUAAUUAGAUAAGUAAAGAGAAAAAAAUAUUUCUUUGCUAAUGAUAUCAUAUUAUCGCUUGUUAAUAGUAAUCACUGUUAAUAGAAAUUUAUUUUAUCAAAAAAACGUGAAUCGCGCUAUUCGCGAUAUACUUUACAAGCAAUAAUCAUCAAUUUUCUCUUCUUUGACUUCGAUUUAAAAAAAAAAAAAAAAAAAGAAAAAAAGAAAAAAGCAAAAAAAGAAACUAGAAAAAAAAAGAAAGAAAAAAAGGAAAAGAACGCAUAGAUUAAAAUCUAAUAAAUUUAUUUGUUAACUUACGACGAGCAUAAAUCUUAUGUGAUAUAAUAAAAUGUUGUUAGUGAGUUUCGUUUAUUAUGAAAAAGUAGACAAUACCAUUUGUUCUCUAAUAUUUAAGAUUUCUAAAUAAAUACAAAUAUUUCAAUGGUAUAUAUACUUAUAAAUAAAUCUAAAACAAAUAAUUGUACGAACACGCUAUGUAAAUUUAAAUACCCUCUCCGUUGUAUUGUAAACAUUUAAGAGAAAAAACAACAACAAAAAGCAAGUAAUUGUAAAAAAUUUUAGCAUCUUAUAAUAUACAUAUAUAUAUAUAUAUAUACUUCAAAAUCUGUGUGAUA